AUGGCUGCCAUAUUUGAGGAUGAAUCCGCCUACGAUCCUUUUCAGGCUAAUCCUCAUCCGCACCGGCAAGCGGCUUCCGACUUGAAGGUUGAGGUUUUGAACUGUCUCUACAGGGAGCGAUCAGCCCUCCUCGCGAAUAGUCGCUAUCCCCGACUUACCCAGCACACCGCAAUCGCGGUUGAUGAUAAUCUGUACAUGCCCACCUCACUCCUCCCUCCUAACCUGCCGGCUGAUCAUAUCCCAGGCGCGUGGUUUCAUUUCCUAUGCAAAAGCAUCAGCCUCAAGGAGACCAAUGGCUCGAUUGGGAUUUUUGAUCCCCGCUGCGAAGUGCCCCGCAUGGAACACGCUGAUUGGACCUGGAUCCGGUCGGGCUUCUUCCUUCGAUGGAAUCAGCAAAGCGGGAGCACGCCGCAGGCAACUCUGCUAUGUUUUGAGGCAUCAUCAGUCCUGAAGGAUCGAUUGCGGAGGUUUUCAUUUCCCACCCUGGCUGCCGGGAAUCCAUUCAGUCUGUUUGUGAUUGUUCUCAAUGAUCUCGCCAGGCAGAUGGAUCUCACCGUGUGGGAUGUCUGCAGGGAAACACUGCGCCUGGCGGAAGACAGGCAGUCAUUUACUGGGCUGCACAAUGUAGCCAAACAUGUUAUUCAUCUCCAGGAGGGAUCAAGCGCUGUCCUUUUUACUUUGAAGAAGCUGUCUGCACGGUAUUAUUCUCUCCUCGAAGAAGCCUCCGAUGAAGACAGGAAAGAAAUGGGGAACACGGCAAGCAUGCUGACCCAGGUCGAAGCCCGGUUCGAGACAGUGGAUCUCCGUCUCCGGAGCCUGGAGAAGAGAAUGCAGAAUGUUAUUGCGUUGUCGUUCCACCUUGUAACCCAAGAGGGGAACCGCAUUAUGCAGUCGGACAGCAACGCGAUGGCUACAAUUGCCUUCAUGACCUUGAUUUUCCUGCCAAUCACUACUAUCUCGACUAUUUUUGGGAGCCAAUUUUUCGAACGUGCGCCAGACGGCUCGUUCAUCACGGUGUCGAGAGAUUUCUGGGUCUUUUGGGUUAUCUCUAUUCCUGUCACGGUGACAGUCAUCUAUAUCUGGUAUAUAAUGAACAGAAGGCAGAUUGGCUUAGGGGCAAAGAUGAAGUGGGACCUAGUCAUGUUGGCAAUGGGCAACAAAGAGAAGUCAUCAUAA